AUGGCGUCUGCACUAUGCUUGGCCUGUUCGUCUUCCCUGCCUCCCAGGUCUCAUGCACACGAGGUAUUCACUACUCCUUGUUGCGGGCGUCCCAUCUGCCCAAACUGCCUCAAAUCGAAUCCACGACUUGCUAGAUAUGACCCCUGCUUGGCGUGCCUAGGUGGUGUUGAUGCUGUCGCCAGUAACAGAUCGCAGCGACCGAAUAACAUAACUGGAGCGGUGAGGGAUGAAGAUACGUAUGUGAUAGGAGACGACGACGAAGAUCCAGAUAGUGAUCCCGACAACGAUGGACAUCGGAGGACACCUCCACCAGUAUAUCAAGCACAGGCACCAGAGGAUGAUCCAGACCCCGUACAGGCCACCUUCGCAGGCAAUGAUUCGCUGUACCACAUUAAACAUGGCGAUACCCUCCACGGCAUCGCAUUCAAACUGGGCGUAGAUGCCCGUGAGCUUUGUAGAGUUAACAACCUACCUCCUAGCACGAUGAAUACGACCCCUCACUUACUACACACCCGCACAUCAUUGACACUGCCAGGAGCUACUCGAAUUGACAUUGUCAAAUCCCCUGACGAGGUCAAGCGAGACGUCGAACGCCGGCAACGCAGAGACCGUGAGUGCGCGGCGAAGCGCUUGCAAGUCCUGACGAAGGAGCUGGAUUGGCACACUGCUAAAGCAUAUGUCGCACUGGCCGAUGAUCCCGAGUUAGUCGCGCAAGAAGCCGCGAAGGCUAAGGAAAUGGGAGAGAACAUUAACACAAGUCUGGAGGGUUUGGCUGUUGCUCAGUACCUAGACGACGAUGAAUGGGAGCAGACCGAGAGACAAGCGCGAGCAUCGACAAGUAAGCAGCCGACAGUCAGCUCGCGAGGUUGGUGGAAGCGUAGUAAGAGUUGA